GGGAACCAACCAGCUACACCCGAGUGCAAAUGCACAGACCCCUCCUGCCCAAGGACCAAGCCACCAUGGACGCCGGCGCCAAGGAGGCCCUGAUCCUCGACCUCCACGCCGUCGAGGCCGUCAAGCUGGGCUCCUUCGUGCUCAAGUCGGGGAUCACCUCCCCCAUCUACCUCGACCUCCGCGUGCUCGUCUCCCACCCGCGCCUCCUCGCCUCCGUCGCCUCCCUCCUCCGCACCCUCCCGCCCACGCGCCCCUACGACCUCCUCUGCGGCGUCCCCUACACCGCGCUCCCCUUCGCGGCCGUCCUCUCCGUCGCCGCCUCCGUCCCGAUGCUCCUCAGCCGCUACGAUGACAAGUCCAUCGAAGGCACCUUCACCGCCGGCCAGGCGGUGCUCAUCGUCGAGGACCUCGUCACCAGCGGCGCAUCCGUGCUCGAGACCGUGGGGCCGCUCCGCGGCGAGGGGCUCGUGGUCGCCGACGCCGUCGUCGUCAUCGACCGCGAGCAGGGCGGGAGGGAGAACCUCGCCGCCAGCGGGGUCACGCUGCACUCGCUCAUGACCCUCACGGAGAUGCUCGCCGUGCUGCUCAGGCACGGGAAGGUGAGCGAGGAGAAGGCGGGGGAGGUGAGUCGGUUCCUCGACGCCAACAGGAAGGUGGCGGUGCCUGUCAAGCACAAGGUGGCCAGGAAGUCCUUUGCUGAGAGGGCGGGAUUAGCCAUCAUCAACCCCAUGGGGAGGAAGCUCUUCGAGACGAUGGAAGCGAAACAGAGCAAUUUGUGUGUUGCGGCGGAUGUUGGGACAGCUAAGGAGCUCCUUGAGCUUGCUGACAAGGUUGGUCCGGAGAUUUGUAUGCUUAAAACUCAUGUUGAUAUCUUGUCUGAUUUUACACCAGAUUUUGGGGUCAAGCUUCGCAUGAUUGCUGAGAAGCAUAGCUUUUUGAUCUUUGAAGACCGCAAGUUUGCUGACAUCGGAAACACAGUAACUAUGCAAUCUGAAGGAGGAAUAUUUCGCAUAUUAGACUGGGCAGAUAUUGUUAAUGCUCAUAUAGUUCCUGGACCUGGGAUUGUAGAUGGCUUGAAGCUGAAGGGUUUGCCUAAAGGAAGGGGACUACUUUUGGUUGCUGAAAUGAGCUCAGCUGGCAACCUUGCCUAUGGAGAGUACACUGCUGCAGCUGUAAAGAUUGCUGAGCAACAUUCCGACUUUGUAAUAGGAUUUAUCUCAGUGAAUCCUGCAUCAUGGUCAGCGGCACCAUCAAGCCCAGCGUUUAUCCAUGCCACUCCUGGAGUUCAGAUGGCAUCUGGAGGAGAUGCUUUUGGGCAGCAAUACAACACUCCUUAUUCUGUCAUUAACGAUAGAGGCAGUGAUAUAAUCAUAGUCGGGCGAGGAAUUAUCAAGGCCAGUAACCCUGCAGAGACCGCGAGGGAAUAUCGCAUCCAAGGGUGGCAGGCAUACCAAUGCAGCUUAUCUUGAGGAUAUGUAUGUAAGCAACCCUCCAAAUGUAACCAAAGGGCAUUCAGAUGCUUCAUCUGCCCCUCAUUGCCAUGUUUCUGACUGAUUUUCAGUGAUGUUUCUGAGUGUACCAUGCAUGAUCUGAAAUAAGGGCAUGCUGAAUGUUCCAUAUAUAUGCCUCUCGUCGA